AUUUUAUCUAAACCGCCCCCAACCUACAUUUAAUAUAUUAAAAAAAGGUCAGGUUUCUUGCGUGCAAAGCAAUCUGUAUCUUUUGUUGUUCAGAGCAAACCAAACGCACGUAUGGCGAAUGCUGUUGCGGCCAGCGUCUCCGCCCAGGGCUGCCCCAACGCUCUCAAGCCUUCUCCCGUUCUCGCUCCUGUGAUCCCCGCGGCACACGUCGCUUCUCGGCAUAAGAAUGUGAUUGGAGAAAGAGUUUCCCUGACCUUAAGGUCUUGUAAACCCCGACUUGUAGCAUGCAAUUCAAAUGUGUCUGGUUAUCCCAUUGUGUUAACUAGCAGUUCACAGGGAUCUCAAAAAGAUCACUCAUUGCCUACGGGAAUGCGGAUCUCACAAAUUUCUUCAAGACAUAUCCCCUUUUCAGGCAGGGACCAAGGCAUGGUGUCACACACAAACCUCAAUUUACCAAGGCGUCGUAUAUCUCCAGCACCCCCUAGAGCAGCAGCGAGGGAUGUAUUUGGUUUUCGCUUACCUGUUAUGACUGAGAAACCCGAAUGGUGGUGGAGGACUUUAGCAUGUAUACCCUACAUAAUAGCUUUGCAGAUAUCUGAUGUUGGGUUUUAUCUCCACCCCUUCUCAGAACACUAUGAGCUUUUUGAAAACUUGAUUUAUUUCGUCCCUGGAGCCAUUACUAGGUUGCCAAGCUGGUUCAUCUUGGUAUAUUGCUAUAUUGCAUAUAUUGGAAUUGUGAAGAAUAAGGAUUUACCACACUUCUUCAGAUUUCACUUGAUGAUGGGCAUGCUGUUGGAAACUGCCCUGCAGAUAGUCUGGUACACCUGCAAUUUUAUGCCGCUAAUACACUACAAUGGUAGGUUUGGGAUGCACUUCUGGGCAGGCGUUGGCUUUGCAUUCAUUACAGUCUUGCUGCAGUGCAUCAGGUGCGCUGUUGCGGGCUCGUAUGUCCAAUUACCCUUAAUUAGCGAUGCUGCAUUUAUUCAUACUCUGUUCCAUAUAGGAGGUUUCCACAGGCCCUUCUAGGAAAUUUAUGUAUUGAUCGGGGAUUCUGGAGAAGGGCUACUCGUAUUGUGUAGUCCAGUUGCCUAUUUCAAAACGGGAAUAAAGAUUAUGGUUGAGUCUCUGAGUGACGGAUGUAAAAGUAAUCAUUUUGGAAAGUGUUUUUGACUGUACAAUAUUUUGUUUCUAAGAACUUAAAUAUAUUGCAGAAUGUAUUUCUGAAGCAA